AUCAUAAACUAACUGUAAGAUUCCAGCCGUCGCUGUAGCUGCUCCAACACCCCAACAGUCAAUUGCCUACUGCUGUUUCCAGGAUGGUGAUCCGUGUGUACAUUGCAUCCUCCUCCGGCUCUACGGCGAUUAAGAAGAAACAACAGGAUGUGCUUGGCUUCUUAGAAGCGAACAAAAUUGGAUUUGAAGAGAAAGAUAUUGCAGCCAAUGAAGAGAACAGGAAGUGGAUGAGAGAAAAUGUACCUGAAAACAGUCGACCAGCCACAGGGCAUCCCCUGCCACCUCAGAUUUUCAAUGAAAGCCAGUACCGUGGGGAUUAUGAUGCCUUCUUCGAAGCCCGAGAAAAUAAUGCAGUGUAUGCUUUUUUAGGAUUGACAGCUCCACCUGGUUCAAAGGAGGCAGAAGCCCAGGCGAAGCAGCAAGCAUGAAUCUUCAGCAUUCUGCUGUCAGCAUCUUGAAAAAUGAGUCUCCUUUGCUUUUUAUAAAAUAGCAAAAGUAUCUUGGCUUCAAAAGAAACAGGCUUAAUGUUGUUAGUUGGUUUCUCGCAUGCAAACAAUCAAAAUGAAUACAUAAUUAAAAUGUGAAUGCUCUGGUGAGAUGAUUGGAUGAUGAACAUAACAUCUUAAGUAGAUAUCAUAGAAUAAAAUA